UGGGGUUUCACAGACUCAUAGUGCUACCUCACAUAUACACGCACUCGAACCCUUCGGUUUUGUAGGAGGCGGCGUCGCGAGGAUCUCUCCCAUGGGACUCUUCCGACGGAUCGCCGGCUUUUUCGGCCUGUCGCGAGAAGACGAGGAGGAAGGGGUGGACAUCCGGCGCGCAAAAGGAGAAGGCAGCGGCGGCGCGGACGACGGCGCCGGCCCACCGGCCCGAACCGCCGCUGGAGGGUUCGGCGUGCAGGUACCGGUCGCCGUCGAGCGCCCCAACCUCGGUUCCGUCCUUGUUCCUUGCGAUCCAGGCGAAGGCGGAAUCCAGGGUUUCAGGUGGUACGCAAGAAGACUGCGCAUGGAUGAAGAUGGAGAUGUGGCAGACGAGUUCUUGAGCGAAGUCAAAACUGAGAUGCUUCCCAUGGAGAACCAAAUGACUCCACCUAAGUUGCAGGCAAAGUACAACACUCGGUCUACUGCCAUGGCCAUGAGAAAACAGGUCAUUGUCGCUGAUGGGAACAUACAUCAAAGCUUGGAGUACCAAGGAAGAUUGCAGUGGGUGUGAUGAUAAGCAAUCAAUCUUUAGAAUAGGAGAUCUCGAAAUGCCACUGAAUUGCCCUCGCAUCUGCCAAUGUGCUAGGGUUUCCACGAUCCAUAUUGGUAUCCCUGCAUUGUAAACUACAAUAACAUGCCCUUUCUUAGCGUUGCUUGCUGUUGCAUGACCAAUUUUUGACAGACUGUGACUAGGUGCAAAAGCUUGUAAUGCCUUUGACAGUUCUCUGAAGUUCUCCUAGUAAUUGCCUUUUGUAUGGGCACAUUCAAUGAUGAUCUAAGUGAAAGCUUUUGAUCUUUCCUUCCCCAAAACCCAUCUGUGAAACUCUUGUACUAAUUUAAGGAAUGUAUGUUUGUUGCAUUCUUUUAUCA